UUUUGAAAUUAACACAAAAAGUACGGUUAAAAUUUGAUCAUCACAUUUCAAUACACAAAUGCAAUGAACACUCAAAUCUGCUUAAGAGCUCAUUCUGGAAUAGUAUUGGAUACUGCGCUUCACCAACAGAUAAGUUAAUGUUCUAUUUCUGUCAAACUGGCCAAAUUUUCCUUGAUAGAUGAAAUUUAUUCAAUGUCUUAGCGUUCGAAUUUCGGGUUAGGGUUUCUACAGUUGCAUUGAUGAAUCGCCUUCAUUCCGAUAAUUGCUACAUUUCAUUUUUGCUUGCUCAACUUUUAAUUCCGGAUGUUUUUUUAGUAUCUUCUCUUUUACGGGACUUGUGUUGUGUGUGUGUCACUGUUGUGUGAAUUUUUUACCGGACACGUGUGUGUGUGAGAGUGUUGUGUGUAUAUGUAAUAUGUGUCUGUGUGUAUCUUUGGAUGUGAGUGUUGUGUGUGUCUAUAUGUAAUAUGUGUCUGUGUGUAUCUUUGGGUGUGAGUGUGUGUAUAUGUGUGUGUGAGUGUUGUGUGUAUCUAUGUGUGUGCGCGCGCGUGUGAGUGUUGUGAGGGUGUGUGUAUGAGUGUUGUGAGGGUGUGUAUGUAUACGUAAUGUGUGUGAAUGCUGUGUGUGUAUGUGUAUGUGUGCGUGAAUGUUGUUGUGUGUGUAUGUGUAUGUGUGCGUGAAUGUUGUGUGUGUAUGUGUAUAUGUGUGCGUGAGUGUUGUGUCUGUAUGUAGGUGUGUGUGUAUAAUUUUUUUUUUUUUUUUGUGUGUGUGUGUGUGUGCCCGUAUAUGUGUGUGUUACUCGUGGACAGAUAUAGCUAACAUUUUGAUAAUUUCACAGCUGUUUGAUCUUUGUGUUGAACUUAGUGUCCUGUGCUAUAGAAGUAGGUGAUGGUUCGUCUGUAUGCUUCAACUGAUAAAUCAGUUUCGGAAGAUAAUAAUGCUGCUUUUCUGAAAAUGAAUGACACAAAUGAGAUAAGGAAUAAUCUAGAAGCAACUAUAGUUGUCUUUGAAAUAGGAGGUUUAGAGGAGGCUUCUGUGGAAACAUCACUAAAUGAGCAAAGUAUGAUAGUUUCUCCGGAUGAUGGAACUCCAGUUAAAAAAAAAAAAAAAAAAAUGAAACUGAAGUUGAGAUGGCGAAUGAGGAAUAUUCAUUAAAGGAACAUGAAUAUAUUCAAACAGAUGGUGGAGUCGUGGGAGAAGAAGGAGAAAACAGCGGUAAGGAAAGGUACGAAGAAGAUGCAGUUAGUAACAGCAAAGAUAAUGGCCUAGAAAAUGGAGAAAAUAUGAAGGAGAAAAACGAGGGAGGUACUAAAAUACUGAAUGUAGGGUAUUUGUUAAUGGAAGUUGGAUAUAAUCUGACAGAUGCAGUGGUGGGAGGAGAAGACGAAAGCAGUGGAAUUGAUAACAGUGAAGAUAAUAACCAAGAAAAUGUAAAAAUUAUGGAAGAGAAAAAUGAGGGAGGUGCUGCAGGUGUACACAUAGAUCACGAAGGAAGCAUAAUGGAUAAAGAUGCUAUUGGUAACAAUGAAGAUAGCGACCAAGAAAAUGGGCAAAAUAAAGAAGAGAAGAGUGGAGGUACUGCAGGUGUAGACAAAGAUGACAAAAGAGACACACUGGGUAAAGAUGAAUAUGAAGGAAACGAAGAAGAAGAAGAGAAUAUAGAAAACUUGGAAGCAAUUACAAAUCAAGCGACCAAAAACUCUAUGGAAGGGAAAACAAAGAGAAAGGCAGAUGGAAAUUCUGAAGCUAUGGGUGACUUUAAGCAGGUUCUGAAGAAAGUACCCUCUGAAAGCAACGGUAAGGAGUGCUGUGGAAACUUGGCAUCCAAAGAUGACAAUGAUCAGGAUUCUAAGGGAACCGAAACAGGAAAUGUGGUCUCUACAUGUGAUGACGAUGGAAGCUCUGAGAAGGUUAUCUCUGGAGGUGAAGCUAAGAUGAGCCCUGAGAAAAUGGAUAGUGAAGGCAGAGAUAGUCCUGAUCAGGUUGAUAGCAGGGGUAUGAUCUUCAUGUGCAACUCGGAGACAAAGAAGGACUGCUAUCGGUAUAACAUUCUGGGACUCCCAGCAAACAAGAGAGAGAUGGUGGAAAAAGUUUAUACAGGGAUGAAACUCUUUUAAUAUGACGUUAAUUUGAAAUUGACGUUAAUUCGUAAGAUCUUGAAUACAUAAUCAAUAAGGUUAACAUUUAGCGACUGUUCUUUUGCCACCUGCUCUAAUUGUCCUCCUUCCUUCUCUGGUGUUCUCCUCUUUGGCCUAAUGAUUGCUUUACUGUCUGAUGGGAAGAGGGGGGGUGAGGAAGUCUACAGUUCCUAAGAAGGGAUUUUGCAUGGCAAUUAACUCUAUGAUUUUGUUGACUUUGUUACUUGACUGAAAUCGGUCAUAGAGAUGAAAUUAUAGUCAAUUUAGGUUGAGGUACUGUAUUUUUCUUCCAAUAGGCUGUGACGUACUUAAAAUAUAUGUUGAUGUAUGUGUUUCGCUUCUGUGUGGAAUAGCAAAUAUUUAUUUACGCACCAAAGAUAUACGAUUGAGCUUGAAAAGUAUUGAUGGAUAAAAAUAGUUAUUUGAUAAUCAUGGAUCUAAUUUCUAUCUUAGAGCCAUUGAUUUAAGUAAAGACGGUAUUUUGAGAGAGCAGAAUUUUGUAUUACUAGGAUGUUUUUGGAUGCUUUGCACUGAUGCCCUAAUCAAGUUUCCUGUGGUGAGUUAUUGUGCUUUAUUCUGGAGACUAAGAACUGAGUUAGCUAUAUAUUUGGUUGAAUAUGUGCAUAAUCCAAUAUCAAGAUUAAAAAGGUGUACAAAUGUCCAUUUUUGCAUAUACCAAUUUUUGGAAAACUUAUUCUUUCCUCUUGUGCUGCCUUUGUGCGGUUUAUGGUAGUUUAAAUCUGAAGUUAUUUUAAAAGAUAAGGUCUCAGGUGUAUACUGAGUACUAGAAAUUUUCUUUAUUCAGUUGCUUUCCCGUUUGAUAAUUAACUAGAAUUUUGGUUGCCGUGGAUGAUGUAUAGACAAUGAGACAAAAGGAUGGCUUUACACAUUAAAAGAUGAUUGUUCUUUGAGGGUAAGAAAUACUUUUCCAAUAUUACAUGAUGAUCAGUUGUCUUUUUUCUGAUUAAAUGAAUGAAUAGUCUUAUGGAUUAUAAUCUUCCCUCUUUCUAAAUAUUUUUGUGCUCUCAAUGUUAUGGAUUUUCCUAAGAACAUUUAGACUUGUUGGAAUUGGGUGCUGAUGGAACAUUUGGUUAAGUUCAACAAUUACAGCUACAACACCAUUAUAGAGAGAUAAAGAAGGGGUGAUGACUAUCAUCUUUUCCCAUUGAAAAGAAGGGGCGAGUGAUAAACUCCAACUCUCCCCCUAACAUCUCUCCAUCCAGAGAGCACCUUAUACAUGCGUAAGCCAUAUAAAAUUGUCAUUCAAUGUGGAGAUGUGGAUAUCAAAAAGAUAUCCUCGGUAAAAAGUAAAAACAGUGAAAGGAGGUAAAUUUCUGCAUCUAUGUAUGCUUUAUAAAAACUUAACAAUGGAAUGUCUUGAAUGGUUUGCAAUGCUUGAUGCUCAUAUCUAUGAUGGUUUGUUAGUGGUUCAUAGUUGUUUGUAUGGACCUCAAAUUCUUUUUUCAAUACGGAGAAAAGUUAUGACAUAGGCAGUUAGGCACAAAGCCAACUAAGAUGGUUAGAAGUUCUGCACUUCUUCCAUUUUAUUUGAAGAAGGGGCCAAGAUAUAUCAUAGUACAUAUGACAAAAGCAACGUGCAAUUUAAUUUAACUGUUGACUCUCUCUCUCUCUCUCUCUCUCCCCUCUUGUGUGUGUGAUUAUGUGAUAGAAUUGCACAGAAGAGACAGGCUGCUUGAGGAGAACAAUUUUGAAUCUUGAAUCCUAACUAUCUUUCUGUUAGUUUGUUGCUCAAGCCAUAAUAGCUAUUUAUGUCACUAGAACUGGUGCAUUUACUAGUCAAAGCAAGUAUAAUGUGCUUCCAGUUUAGCGCUAUGACCUCAAAUUAGAGAUGGAUUCUUUUAUUUUCUUGAUAAGUAAAGGUUGGUGGUUUUGGGUUUUAGAAUUGUAUUGGUGCUUAUGUUUAGUGCAGUUCAUGGAUAUGAAUGUUUGAAUGGCCACUUUGUCUUAACUUUAUCUUUGAUGGUUUCAGGUUCGUUUUUCCAUUGUUGAUGAUUGCUUGCCAUUAGCAGAGGAGAAGUUUAGGGAAGACAUUAGAAAGAACUAUUACACGAAGACAAAGUUUGAGUGUAAAUUGACCUCUGAACAGGUGAAGAAUUUGGGUAAGCUUUUCAUUUUUGCUAGCAAAGAGUCUUGUGUACAACUCAAAUCAGAGACCAGUAUGGAUAAACAAAGACAACCUGAAGAUGUUCGACAAGCUAAGUGGGUGGAAGAGUCUAGCUACCACACAAAUCCACUGUUAUCCACAUCUGCAUGAAAGGAAUGUAGUUACAACUCCAUUGGCGCCAUUAGCUUGGCCUCAAAAUUCACUACCACUUGCUGCUGGUCAAUCACAGAACAGAACUUUGGAACCGGUGUUUAUGGAUGGGACACGAUGACACAUUAUCGUGAUACUUACAGAGAGGGACGACUGUUGGAGCCUCAUGAUUCUUACAGAGGAGAGGCUUUAGCAGAGUAUUGUGGUUAUUCCAGACAGGAUGGAUUAGUAGAGGGUCACGAAUAUCAGCUAGUAAAUUUGGAAACAGGGCGCCAGGAUGUUGUAAACCAUUAUCCCUAUGCUUUAUACUCAGAGCAUUUGUCCUUCCAGGAUCCUGUGUACCCUCCAGGCAGACAUCCCGAGUAUAUUCCUCCAGCAGGCUUACGACCUGAAUACCGUCUUGGUGGUCUAUCAAGUGGAGUACAGCUCUACUAGAGGCAAGCCUCCUGACUACCAUUCAUCUACAGACUCUCUGCCCGAGUUCCAUCAUCAUUAACCUGUAUACAGAUAUUAGGUUCCAUCAAAUGUAGUAUUAAGAGAAAGCUAACUCUUCCCACUAGAUUUUAGCUUGAAACUUUGACCAUUUAGUGAUUCAAUCUUCACGGGGUUUCUGUAAUACUGAUUGUUUACUACGUAGUUUGAGCUGAAUUUCAUUAGAUAGCGGCCCUUGGCUCUUCAAAAGUUUUGUUGCUAUCAUUUUGUAGAGGAGACAUCCGUUAGGCCAGAUUUCAUCUUGAUCUUUAUGGUUAUCGCCAACUUUUACUUUCAGAUUCGAGAAAACUUUUACUUUCAGAUUGCAUUCCCUGUAUGAAUCUCUCUCAUCUCUUUUGUAAGGUCAGAUUUCACUGGUUUUUAACUUUUUAUGUUCUUAUAACUUCUCAUCGUCUCACUGGAUUUGAUUAACCUAACUACUCAGUCUAAUCAUCUUCUUAACUUUUGUGUCAAAUUCUGAUGUAGGAUGUUGCCGAGCAGAGCUUAGAGUGGAAUUUUACACACUCAAAAGUUAGUGAUCUAAUACUAUUUUUUCUUUUUUGGAAAAUUCAGUAUACACAAUAUGUUGAAAUUGUUUGACCCUAGUUCUGUAAGUAUCACCAAAGGGGAGAUCAUUGUUCCAUUUUGAUUGACGUUGUUGCCAGAAAAUGUUCAACUUUGAGAAUAUUUCACGCAUGAGGCUUUCAUUUGCUCAGGCAUUGCCACCAUA